UGGACGUUUAGAUUUGCGCACCUGUUUUUGAAAUAUGUACCCGCACACUCAGACACUGGCUUUUAACAGCCAGUACAUGCCGCCGUCGUACGACUUCAACAGCUACCAUCAUGUACCGGGGGUCAGUGACCCCUCAGGGAGUACUUGGAGCCCAUUUUACGGAGUCAGAGAGGACUAUCUCAGCGGCUUCCCGCCGGUGAACACAAACCCGGGGCAGAGCAGCUUCUUGUCUUCCGAACACUGCAACCUUGCCACCGCUGGAGGGGGGUCUUUCACGCCCUACCUCCCACACGCCGACCAAGAGCCCCCCGCGACCAAGAAGAGACCCCCUGAAACCAUCACGUCGCCUGUGUCAGCGGGGAAGACACGCACCGAAGGCAAGUACAGAGUGGUGUACACUGACCACCAGCGGCUGGAGCUGGAGAAGGAGUUUCGGUCCAACAGCUACAUCACCAUGAGACGGAAGGCAGAGCUGUCCGGAGCCCUCAACCUUUCUGAGAGACAGGUGAAGAUCUGGUUCCAGAACAGACGAGCCAAAGAAAGGAAGAUGAACAGAAAGAAGCAGCAGCUUUCCCAGCAGGCGUCCACCACAACACCGACCGUCGAGGGCAAACUCAGCGACCGUCACACCACCAGCAGCUCCGACAACAUUCUGACUGAUAACAUGUCACAUGAAUACAAACUAGAGUACACAUGAACAGAGUGUGGCAAACAAGCAGACAUGUAAAUACUGUUGCCUAAGUUAUGUUUCUGUCUCUGACAUAAAGUGAUUGAACCGCUGCGGCUUAACAAUGAAAGUGCACUUUCCCCUUGAUUUAAAACACACAAUGUUUGCUGAAAAGAAGUUUACAUGUUGAAUCUGAUGCUUUUUUUUCAAGGUGUCACUGUUGAAGUGUUAAGAAGUUGCUUUUGAAAUGUUUCAUUCAUGCUGAAAAAUAAACAUUAACAACUGAAAACAUUCGUCGGGGACCAUUUAGGACCUUUGUUUGCAUGA